AUGGCCGCCGUAGCAUCGCAGCCGCCGCACGGUCAGCAGUACUAUCAACAACAACAACAACAACAGCAACCCUCUGCUGCAGCCCGCCCAUCGCGACGCCCCAGUAAUGGCGCGUCCGCCAGCACGCCUGCCACGCCCCAGACCCACGACUCGGCCCUGAACUCGCCUGCAGCCACCACCACCACAUCCUCCACCACCGGCGGCCCCAUGGCUCCUCCCAGGACCUCGUCGCACCGCUCCGCCAACGCGGCUCCAAAUCCCUCACAGCAACGCGAUGACGCAUCGCAGUCGCGUCGCCGCGCAAAGGACAGUCCCCGACAACAGGGUGCCUCCGCCCGCUCCCAGCCCACGCACAGCCGCUCCGCCGCGGCAAUUGGCCAGCCGCCCGUCAACACAAGCCUGCCCCGCGAGGAGAGCGCCGUCAUAAACCGCAUCGUCGUCUCCGACACCCAGGAAGACAUUGCCCGCGCACAGGCUCGCCAGGCCGACGCCGCCCACGUCUCCUCGGCCGCAGACCUCACCCCCAUAACCGGACUGAGCCUGGUCGGCAGCGAGGGCGUCGACGAUGGCGGCCGGGGCGCCGGUGGCAAGAGCAGACAGGACCACUCCAAGUCGGAGAAUGCGAAGCGAUCCAAGUUUGGUAACUACAUUCUGGGUCAGACGCUCGGCGAGGGUGAGUUUGGCAAGGUCAAGAUGGGCUGGAAGCGAGACAGCCCGAUCGAGGUGGCCAUCAAGCUCAUCCGGCGCGAAACCCUCGGCAGCAACUCGAACCGCCUGCAGAAGAUUUACCGCGAAAUCCACAUCCUGCGCGGCCUCGACCAUCCCAACAUUGUACGCCUGCACGAAAUGGUCGAGACGGAGCGCCACAUUGGCAUCAUUUUGGAGUACGCGUCUGGCGGCGAAUUAUUCGACUACAUUUUAAACCAUCGUUAUCUCAAGGACGGCCCCGCACGGAAGCUCUUUUCGCAGCUCAUCUCGGGCGUUGGAUACCUGCACCGCAAGGGCAUUGUGCACCGCGAUCUCAAGCUUGAGAACCUCCUACUCGACCGCAACAAGAACAUCAUCAUUACCGACUUUGGCUUUGCCAACACGUUUGACCCCAACGACGAGCUCAGCGAGGAGAUUGAAUACAGAUUGGGCGACAAGGAGUUUAUGAAGUCUCUUGGCUUGGAUGGCACCGAUGCGACACGGCGGGGUGACCUCAUGCAGACCAGCUGCGGAAGUCCUUGCUAUGCCGCCCCGGAACUGGUCGUCAGCGAUUCUCUCUACACGGGCCGCAAGGUUGAUGUCUGGAGUUGUGGUGUGAUUUUGUAUGCCAUGUUGGCCGGCUACCUUCCCUUUGACGAUGAUCCAGCGAACCCCGAAGGCGAUAACAUUAAUCUGCUGUACAAGUACAUUGUGUCAACACCGCUGACAUUCCCCGAAUACGUCACACCACAUGCGAGGGAUCUUCUCAAGCGAAUCCUUGUACCCGACCCACGCAAGCGUGCAGACUUGUUCGAGGUGGCACGGCAUAGCUGGUUGGCCGAUUAUGCCCAUGUUGUUGGUUUCAUUACCUCGAGCAACACGAAUGCGGCCGAGGCUCAACAAGCGUCUGUCUAUUCGAGUGGGUUUUUCUUCUUCUGCCUGGCCGACACGCGUGCUGACCCUGUACUAGAAGACACGUUCGAGCCGCAGCCCGCGCUCGCAAGAAGCGCCUCCGUUCGUGAGCCCGCAAAACCACACACAGCCUCGUCGGCCCACGGCGGGCUCCAGGCGAAGCGCGACCAGAUCAACCCUGCUGCCGAGAAGCCCAAAGCAACCCGCGAUACCAAGCGACGAACCGUCCAAGUCGAAUACGUUGCGCCGUCGUCGCAAACGGCUCGCGGCGAGGCGUCGCCUCCUGCGGAAGCAGUACCCAAAGUACGCGCAAAAGAGCCAGCAGUACCGCCAACGGAUGGCUACCAAUCCGCCACAAGUGCCCGGCCCUCGCGCUCAUCAGGCGCCGUCAACACUGCGGCCAGGAAACAAGAACCUCAACGAUCUGUAUCCGACUACUCGGCAUUCGGUAAUGCACCCCCGUCUGCUACUCGUCCUUCUACCAGUGGUGCGCUAGGCGCGUCAAGGUUGCCCUCACGAGGAAACUCGUACGGACAACCCUCUGUUGCGACGGUGGCUCAAACAAACGCCGAAGGUCGCUUCUCACAACCCAAGAGCAAACAAUACUCCAUCUCCACGCCUUACACACAGCACGACUCGUCCGAGGCGGCCGAAGCGCCCAACAUUGGCCAACCGAGCGCGCAACGGGCGCAGUCGAUACAAGCGGGGCCGCACAGCACAAAGGGUGGGCACAGGCGUUCCAACACGGUGACCGAGACCCUUGGACGUAUGACGUCCAUGUUCUCCAGCCGCCAGCCUUCAUUUUCUCACGAUCCCAAAGCGUCUCUGACAUCGCAAGGCUCCUAUGGCGGCUACUCCGAGGACAGGAAGCAAAAGAGCUAUCCCCCAACCUCCAUGGCCGGGCCCAUGUCAAACGACAAUGUCAGUGCUACAACAGGUCCCAGGCCAAGCAUGGAAUCCAGUCGUCGCACCUCUUUUGGCUUUUCCCGGAAGAACAAUGCAAGCAAUGGUGAAAACCCCAAAUCUUCGCGCCGCUUCUCCAUCAUCCCAUCGUCGCUGUCCAGAACCUUUUCGUCUAAUCGAGAGAGCCUACCAGCCCAGUCGUCACACGAGCGCAGCGGCUCAAGCUCUCGCCCUCGUGCUAGCUCACGUCCUGGAGGCAUGGGCUUUGGCCGUGGCGGUUUAUCUAGGUCUCCUAGUCAGAGUACCCAAGAAAGCAACAUGCCCGGUUUUUACGAUGGCCAGCAAGACGCAAACUCGAGAAUCAGGACACAGCACAUGAACGCGGCGGGACCAUCAUCGGCCCCGCCCAACCAGACGCAUUUCAACGGCUACAACCAGUCGGCCCCAGAAUUCGAUGAAAAGUUCCCCAAUCCCCAAGAAGCCCAUCCAGCUGCUCAGGCAAACCGUCCUUACCAACAGACGGCCGACGACUCGGAUGGUAGCGACAACCACACGCCUGGCCGCAUGUCACAAUCUCAGCAAUUCAGCCAGAGAACGGCGUCCAACCCCUACCCGCCAGGCAUGGGCGGUGACGACUCGAGCCAGCAACAGCAGAGAAAGGGUGUACUGCAGAAGAGCAGGCGUUUUGCAGACGCCUAUGAAGAGCAAAGCACUGGAAACAAGGGAAGCUCGGGUAGCUCUAAGAAGGUUAUGGAUUUCUUUAGGCGCAUGGGCAAGCAAAGGACGAGCAGCCGCUGA